AUGGCACCAUUGAGCGUUUUGCUGACUUUGAGGUUGAGUUCAACCACAAGCCGCAAGACAGUUCGUGAGUAUGAAGAGGAGUUCAACCGGCUCAGGAGGUUUGUGGGAAGGGAGUUGGAGGACGAGGCAGUACAGGUCCGCAGGUUCAUCCGGGGCUUGAGAGCCGAACUCAAGACCUACUGCUCGGUCUACACCUUCCGCACUGUGUCUGAGUUGGUGGAGAGGAUGGCAAUCCUUGAAACUAACCUUGCUGAUGAGGCAAAUGUGAAGUCUAGAAGUCACGCGGCUUCUAGUGGAUCUGGUGGUGACCAGAAGAGAAAGAGAGACACGGCUGAAGAGGGUAAAACCUCAAGUGGUAGGCCAGAGUGCUCUAAGUGUGGAAGACGCCAUGGAGGCGAGUGCUGGAGAGCCAUGGGGGCUUGUACUCAUUGUGGUAAGAUUGAUCAUGCAGCUCGGGACUGUCCGGGACCGGAGCAAGGCCGAGGACAGGGUUCGGGUGGUGGUGGUACCUUUCACUGCCAUGGCUGUGGCAAGGCCGGACAUCUCCGUAGGCACUGUCCCAAGUCACAAGGUGGUCAGGAAAAGAGCCAUGGAGAGGCAAGCAAGCCGAGCCAGAACCGGGGUCAGUCCUCCACACCAAGGGUGUAUGAGCUGUCUAAGGACACAGAUGAGGCUGAACCGUUCAAGGCAAUCACUGGGACCUUGAGUAUUGGUGGUGUAGAAACACAUGUACUUUUUGAUACUGUUGCUACACAUAGUUUUGUGAGCCCAGGAAUGAUCGAAAAGGCUGGUGGCCAACAAAUGCAUUCAUUAGGGCGGAUUAAGGGGAUUCUGGUUGUGAUCAAAGACAUGGUAAUGCCUGCGGAUCUGAUUGUUGUCCAUCUAAAGUAUCAUGAAGUGAUCCUAGGUAUGGACUGGCUUGGAGAGCAUAGGGCCACCCUUGACUGUCGCCGUGGAAGGGUGUUGCGAAUCCCCGGUUAG